AUGACGGGCUGCACCGACAUAUUGACAACCACAGAGUUUGGCCUCUGGUGUUGCACCAUUGACGCCAUGGCUACGCUCCGGGUCUACUUCUUCCCACCGUUGCUUGCUCAGGAAAUCUGUUGUAUACAGGUGACCAAGUACGCUUGUGAAAACGAAGUCUGCUUCUCUGUAUUGGAAGAACGAUUUGAAGUGGAUGUUCGUUCUAGAUUCGAAGGAUCAAUUAGGACACGUGAGCAGUGUUUGCAGAUUGAUUGGCAGAUGGUGUAUGUCUGCCUGAAGAACCCCAAGUGGAACACUGGCAGUGCGAGCUUGUACUGGCCAAAGUGUCCGCAGCAGUUGGAAAGUGUUUCACUACAUUCUAAACGUGCCGUUUUCCAGAUUAAACAUCGACUUGGGGUCAUCGAUCUACGUUAUGAUCACGAACUCAUCAAGCGGGAAGUAAUUGGCGAUGAAUUGCCCGGGACAGCACUGGUCCAGAAAAUUGGACCGAUGGGAAUGCCACCUAUGGUUGUUGGAGAAGAUAUCCAUAAGGCUACGUCCGAUUACAAAAGCUUGAAGGUCCACGUUCGUUUGGCUAUAAAGGAUCGUAAGGCAACGGUUGAGGUGGUUCCAAGCACCUCCACUCUGAUUCUGAAGGCGCUUAGAGAGUCACCAAGGGACAGAAAGAAGGUCAAGAAUGCGGUUCACCACGGCAGCAUAACCAUGACUGAUGUGGUUGAUAUUGCUAGAAAGAAGCUCUCUCCUGAUUUUGUGGACACCAGAGCUUCUGCUGAAGAUUAG